AUGGGCUGUCAGAAGACUUGCAAGGUGGAUAAACUCCUGAGGCAGAAUCAGAGGGAGGUACCGUGGAGCCAGAGACAGAGGUUGACCGCGGCAAAGAAGAGCAGCCGGAUGAGGGGCGCAGAUAAGGUGAGGAAUGAAGUCUUGCCCCUCCACUGCUUGGACAGCUUUUGUCUUCUAGAGGACAACAGCGGAGUGUCGCGACUCAGCUCAGACACCCUGAGCCACCAAAGGCUACAACAGAAGUUACUGGAGACUGAGAUCACCACCAGAAGGAAGGAGUGUGAAGCACUUGAUGCAGAGGUGAAGAAAAAGAAUCAAACAUGUCAGACUUUGGAGAAUGAGCUUCAAGAUUUCCUCCAGGAGAACAAGCACUUGAAUCUCCACUUGUUCAACAACAGCCACAAGGCAUCUGAGCAUGAGAAGGUGAAGUCUGAGUAUGCCAAGCUCAAAGAGACCCUUGGUGCUGUGACGCAGGAGAGAGAUUUAGCCCUGUGGGAGAGGAAUCAGCUCCAAGGCAAACUGGAGAACCUAGAGCAGGUGCUCAAGCAUAUGCGCGAGGCUGCAGAGCGGAGGCAGCAGCUAGAGUUGGAGCAUGAGCAGGCCUUGGCUGUACUCAAUGCAAAGCAGCAGGAGAUUGACCUUCUUCAGAAGGCUCAGGUUGAGGCUAAAAAGGAACAUGAAGGCGCUGUCCAUCUGUUAGAGAACCACUUGGACAGCAUGCAGGCCAAAGUCCGCGAGCUGGAGGAAAAAUGUCGGAGUCAGAGUGAGCAGUUCAACCUUCUGUCAAAAGAGCUGGAGAAGUUCCGCCUCCAGGCUGGAAAGUUCGACAUCCUCAGCACUGAACCCUUAACUGUAUGUGAGUCUCCGGGGUCUCCCAACAAAUCCCUGUCCCAGCUCCUUAACGGACUGGCAGCCCCCAUAGGGAAAGGCAAUGAGGCUCCAACAAGCAGAUCUUUGAUAUCUGAGUUCAUUCGACCACUCCAGAUCAGUGGAGACAAGCCGGAGCUCCUCUCGGUAAAGCCAACAUUCCUCACUCGCAGUCGAGCCAGCAGUCGAGCCAGCAGUCCAGCCCGGGCUUUCCUCUCGGAGAUGGACAAAGAGCUCGGCUCAACUACCAGGUCCAAACCACGCUUCACAGGGAAAGUUCGACUGUGUAUUGCUCGGUACAGUUACAAUCCUUAUGAUGGGCCCAAUGAGCAUCCAGAGGCAGAGCUCCCCCUGGUGGCAGGGAAGUACCUCUAUGUUUACGGAACAAUGGAUGAGGAUGGCUUUUAUGAAGGCGAACUGCUGGAUGGGCAGCGGGGACUCGUUCCAUCCAAUUUUGUGGAUUUUGUUCAAGAUGAGGAAACGCCCAAUGUCCAACACAGGGACACGGUGACUAAAGAACCUGGCUACCUCAACCACAGUAGCCUGGGACCGCAAAGACUGGGGGUCGGCAGAGGAACUGGAACAGGUAUAAGCAGCCUGCUGUCUGACAGUAAACUAGACUGUCUAAGCACCAGCAGCUUGGGCAUGGACCUCCUGGGCUCCUCCAGCAAUGGAACAGGAACUCUUGAUGUCAACAUUGACGAGGUCGGUGAAGACGUUGUGCCUUAUCCUCGCCGCAUCAACCUGAUUAAACAGCUGGCCAAGAGUGUGAUUAUUGGUUGGGAUCCUCCCGUGGUCCCACCAGGCUGGGGCUCCAUCAGUGGCUACAAUGUCUUGGUGGAUAAGGAGGUUCGCAUGAGUGUCCCCUACGGGGGCAGGACAAAGUCUCUUAUUGAAAAGCUCAAUAUGGCCACAAACACCUACCGUAUCUCAGUGCAGAGCAUCACCGACCGCGGCCCGUCGGACGAACUCCGGUGUACUCUUCUCGUGGGAAAGGAUGUGGUGGUGGCCCCUUAUUACCUACGGGUGGACAGCAUCACACAGGUCUCUGCUGAGCUCUCUUGGAUGCCCAGCAACAGCAACUACAGUCACACCAUCUUCCUCAAUGGUGCGGAGUAUGACAUGGUCAAGGCUGGGGGCUACAAGUACAAGUUUUUCAACUUGAAGCCGAUGACCGUUUACAAGGUAAAGGUUGUCGCGCAGCCACAUCAGGUGCCUUGGCAGCUUCCUAUGGAUCAAAGGGAAAAGAGGGAAAUCUCUGUGGAGUUCUGCACUCAGCCUGCAGUGUGUGUAUUGUGCUCCCCAGGGCCCCCUCUCCCUCCCCAGGAGGUACAGGUCCAGUGUGGUCAAACGCCCGGGGUCCUGCAAGUCAGAUGGAAGCCACCGCCCCUGACGCCUUCAGGAACCUCCAAUGGAGCCAGUGUAAUUGGCUAUGCCGUGUGCACAAAGGGACAAAAGAUAGCAGAGGUCUUGUACCCCACAGCAGACUAUGUGACUGUGGAGUUAAACAGGAUUCAGUGUCUGGAGGCCAGAGAAGUCAUUGUAAGGACGUUAUCGACACAAGGAGAGUCUCAGGACUCGCCUGUGGCAGUCAUCCCGCACAAUCUUUUGGGCUCUCCACGCCUCUCACACAGAACAACAGCGCCUCCCCAUUCCAUGCCCCACCCUCAGACCCACCCGGUGCACUCCCAAACGCAUCCUCCUUACCCAUCAACGUACCCCCCGAAUCACCCCCAGCCGCAGGUGCAGCCUCUGCCCCGAGCGCAGCCCCACACGCUGCCCCACGCACAGCCCCACUCGCAGCCCAUCAGACACCCUCCGCCUCCUCCUCCCCCUCACCCCCAGACGCAUUUCCAGCGCCACUCCAUGCCCAAGUCCAAACCAUUAGUAAGUGCCAGAGAGCCAGAAACCAAAGAGCAUGAGGUGGGCCUGCGGCCCGCCCAGCCCUGGGAGCGCUCCCCCUCUCCUCUGCCUCCGAUGCGCGGACCCAACCUGGAGCCACCACACUUCCAGCCACGGCGGUCACCCUCUCCUCAGAGGAUCCUGCCGCAGCCUCAGGGAGUCCCCAUCCCUAACACCAUCGCCAAGGCCAUGGCCAGAGAAGCUGCCCAGAGAGUGUUUGCAGAGGGGAACCGGGUUGAGAAAAGGAAUAUAUUUAGCGAGCGAGGUAAUGCCUUGCAUCCACUCAACUCUGAUGAGGAGGAGGAUGGCUACGAUUCUCCUCAUGCGAGGAGGAGAGGAGCCUCGGUGGAUGAGUUCCUCAGAGGCUCAGAGUUGGGCAGACAGCACCAUCAUCACCACUACAGCCACAGCGAGGAGUACCACACAGAGAGCAGCCGGGGCUCUGACCUGUCCGACAUAAUGGAGGAGGACGAGGAGGACCUGUACUCCGAGAUGCAGCUGGAAGAGGGCCGCAGGCGCAGCAUCAACUCUCACAACACUCUUAAGGCGUACUACAAGCGUCAGGACUUGGCCGAGGAGAGAGACUGCUGGGAUCUCCAGAGGGAGGUGGUGAAGCAGAAGUCGCUGCGCAGCAAGCGUCUCCACAGCAUCCCCGAGGUGGCCGAGGAGGAGUCGGACAGCGUGGACAGCAUGGGUCAGCGUCUGUGCUUUGAAGACGGCGGCCGGCCGGGGACUCCUCACACCCAGCGGAGGAUGUACCCCCAGGACCCUCGUGCGCGCAACCAUCCCGCCUCCAGCAAAAAUUCCCGCCUGCAGCGCCAGCGCUCCUCCCCUCGCUUCACUGACAGCCGCUACUGCUACAACGCGGACAACCUCAUCUUGGGACGACCCAACCGCCAGAACACCAAGAGUCCCGACAGUGGCUUAGACUGUGGCAGCGAGGAAGAGGGCUCUCUGGGGCGGGGUCAUCGAAACUACUAUGCACAUGGGAGUCCGAUGAGGGGGCCUGUGCGCGUCAUCCACUGUGAAGGCCCCGUAGAAAGGCGGGCGCUGGCUAUGGGCCGUAAAAGAACUCUCACCCGCCAGUGCAGCGUGGAGGAGGAGUUCUCUGACGCCCCAGCGACUGCAACCAAGUCAGUACACACGGGUGACUUUAGGAACAGGGAUCACUUUGGGCCUGGUCGGGAGGCCGGGCCGCGAAACUACUCCAGGGAAGGGGCCCUGAGCGAGGGCAGGCUGAACGAACUGGACAGGGUCUAUUACAGCCCCCACAGGGAGGCUAGGGCCCAGUCUUUGUCCAGGCUCAACCGGGACCAGCCGCUGAUCAUUGGGAACUCACCGUCGCAUGGGAGCGCGGAUCGUCUGGACCAUUCAGGGAGGAGGCCGGUUCACAUCGGCACCCCCCCUCAGCGGCGACCCAUCCCAUCCAUUGAGAUCACCAUGGACAGUAACAGUGAGGGGAGUGAGGGGAACCUCUCACCCGUCAAGGAGGAUGUUUACUAUGGCAGUGUAGCUCGGCGCAGGAUAUGGCGGUCUAUGUCCUCAGAGGAUCAAUAUGACGGCUAUGGCGGGCGCAGACACGGGCGGGGGCGGCGCUCCCCAGAGUACUACGAGGAGUCUGAGCUGGAGGAGAUGACCCGUGUGUUCGUGGCUCUGUUCGACUACGACCCCAUGUCCAUGUCGCCAAACCCAGACGCUGCGGACGAGGAGCUGCCAUUCAAGGAGGGCCAGAUCAUCAAGGUGUUUGGAAAUAAAGACACAGAUGGCUUCUACAGGGCAGAGAUCCGAGACAGAGUGGGUCUGAUCCCCUGCAACAUGGUCUCUGAGAUCCAAACGGAGGACGAUGAUAUGAUGGACCAGCUCCUUAAGCAGGGCUUCCUCCCACUCAACACUCCUGUGGAGAAGUUAGUGAACUGUGACCGUUUCAAAGAUGGCCGCUCAAUAAAUCGCAGGUCCAGAAAAUCUAAGAGAGAAAGAAACAGGCGGAGCGGGCGCCAGCAUCCGAUGUCGACGCGGAGGAUGGUGGCUCUGUACGACUACGACCCCCGAGAGAGCUCCCCCAACGUUGAUGUUGAGUAUGAAGGCAGCAGACUGAAUGAGGAGGCUGAGCUGACUUUCUGUGCUGGUGAUGUCAUCACAGUAUUUGGUGAAAUAGAUGAAGAUGGCUUUUACUAUGGCGAGCUCAACGGACACAAGGGACUCGUUCCUUCCAACUUUCUAGAAGAAGUGCCUGAUGAUGUAGAGGUUUUUCUCACAGACUCACCAUCUCGAUACCCCCAGGACACUCCAGCACGGAUAAAGACCAAAAGGGUUCCAUUGGAAAAAUCGGCUCCGCCCAGAAGAGCAGCCUCUCCCACAGUGCGCCCACACCUCCCUGGCUCUGGCCCUGCCACCGUGGGGCCCGGCAGUCCCAUCAGGGCCCCAAUGGACAUGCACUUCUCCAAAAAAAGAAAGGGACUGCUCUCCAAAGGGAAGAAACUAUUGCAAAGACUCGGCGCUGUAAAAUAACUUCCUGACCUACUUGGAACGUACCAUCCACAUCCACGUAGUGUUUUUAUUCAUUUGUUUAUUUUUAAAUUCUCAAUAUUCUACAGUGGACAGGUGGCAUUUGUGAGCUUAGCAAAUGCUUUAUUCUUGUACAUCUGUUGUAUACUAGAGUAUUUGUAUUUUAUUAACAGUACCAAUCGCAUAUUUUCAAUAACACAUUUCAUACUAGGGUCUCAUGACCUCAUGGUGUCAGACGAUGUAGUGUUGAGCAUCUUACCUCCAAGUCUCUGGCUGGGGAAGUUCUGUUGUGAACAGAUGGGGCUCGGAGCCAUUUCCACUUUGCGCUCGGUCAAGUCUGGCACUUAACAGACCACGAGUCAUUUAAAUUCCGGGGGCUUAGAUCAUUUUUGGAGUCCGUUUUGAAUAUGAUAGAUGGACUCUGGAGCGUCUUGACUUGGGCUCGUUCAAAACAGACAGUCACAUUAAUAUUAAGAGAGGUUUGAUGCUUUACUGCAGCACAUUCCCUCCUGAUCCCUCGGGGACGCGUGUUGUGUGACGGGCUCGGAGUGGUGCAGUACACUUUGACAAAUCAGCAGAAUCAACUCUCCUCUUCUGCUCUAUUUCAAGAGCUGUGACAGAGUCAUGAGUUCCCCUCACACAAACACGACGGACACAGCACAAGCACAUACUGUAUCUACUACAGGGUCUCUGCAGUAAAUCAACCUGAACUGAAAUGCCUAGCAGAUCCAACCUCCAUGUAUUUGCCUUAUAAUCGCACAAUGGUUAGUACUUUGUCCAGUAGGAGAUGCAGUUCCAUGCCUACCACUCAUUUACGUUGUUCUUUUCAGAAACCUGACUCCGUUUGCAGAUGUUAAUCCUGACUUGUGACAUGCAGGGUAACGUGUGACCGCCGUGGUUCCCGUAGCUUGCAUAGAACCGUCCGAGACCCCCGUGUUUACAAUAUACAUCAUUCACGCUUAAGGCCCAGAUAUAAAAAUGCAGUUUUUACUCUCAGACACGGACAAGAGAUGAGGUAAAGAAAAAGAGUGUCCCAGUAACAGAUUAUUUGGCUACAGAAGAAAAAAACAAAAAACGAAGGGACUUAUUUUUGACUGUGAUGCCAGAUUUAAAACAGAAGUUAUAUAAGAACAAAUAGUUAUUCUGUGUGAUAUACUAUCAGCAAAUUAAGUGGUACUGCAUAUGAGUUACAACAUACGACAAUUCACUAAGCUACAAGUUUGAUUCACAGUAGUAUACAGUGAGACACAAGGCUACCUCUACCCUCCUAACCCAGACUCCACUAGAUCCGAUGUUUAUUUAAGCCAAUAUGUCAUUGACGCCUGUUCAGUGUCCCACGUUAAUGUUGGUGCAGGAUACAAGUACUGUAUAUCGAUAAAUAAUAUAUACAUAUAUAUAUAUAUAUAUAUACACACACAAGCAUAUAUCUACACCUUAAUGUAGAGUAGUGAAUGUAAAAUGAAUUGAAAGCCAAUGUAUUUUCAAAGCUGCCCAAAAGGAUUGUGCAGAUGUCCGUCUUUGUGCGUGAAAUGAAAAAGUCCACCUCUUCCUGUAUCUUCUCACAUCAUACCGUUUUCCAUUUCAUCCUCCCAUGUACUUUAAAAAAUCUAGCCUAUUUUUUCUACACACAAGAGUUUAACUGAAACUGCCAAAAAAAAAGAGAAUGUAUGCAAAAACAUUCUGAAAUACUUUGUGUACAAUUGUCGGCCGAGCAGCCUCGAUAACCUGCAGUAGACUGAUGACCAUCCUUUCCUAUGUACGGACCACGUCCUCAGACAUUGCUUCUAUUCAUUUUGAGUGACUGUUGCUCUUUUUGUACUUUGUCCAUUUGUAAAAUUGUUUUUAAAUGUUUAUACUUGAUUUUCAAACUGCCUUUUUUGUACAUUUAACUUUAUAAUCAAACAGUGCAAGCUUUCCCCAUGGUGUCUUGAAGACCAUAUUGUUUAAAAGUCUGCAAUUGUGUGCUAGCUUUAUAAGAAUUAUCAGCCUAUAUUGGUGGUUACAAAUUACUGUGUGGGUGUGCAUGUGCAAUCUUUUAUAUAAAAAAAAAUCUAAAUAAAUUUGAUAUUUUGUAAA